UCUACACCUCCACCGACUCCGAUAUCAAUGUUCCGUCGCCUGGGCUCGGUGACCGCGCGCGCCGCGCAGCAGCGACCCCGGGCGGUUUGCCGCGCUCGCAGUACGCUUGCGACGCAUGCGGCUGCGGCACAGCCUGCCGCGAGCACUAGCGCUUUGCACUCCGAUCCGUUCGGGAAGAUAAAGUCGACGGACAUCUUCGGGGGCAGCAACCCGCGUCUGAAUGCGGCACUCAUCACGGCGCUUAGUCCUCCGUCUCACGGUGGACAGGCCUCCACCUCAGACCCCGCCGAGGUGCUGGCCGCUGUGAGGAGCUACCUCGACGCGGGUGCCGAGCUGCCGAUCACGCACCGGAACGCCAUCUCCGCGCUCCUCUCCAGCUACUACACGGACGUGGCGGCACCAGAAGAGCAACUCUCCACGCUCGCCGACGCACUAUGGUCCAUUUGCGGCGACCCGAAGAGCGUGUACGCGACCUCGGCGCGAGGCAAACUGAAGCACUACAUGCUCGUGGUGCGCUACGCGAAGUGGAUGGCCUCCGAGGCUGGGCGGGACGAGACGCGUGCACGCAUCGUCCUCGAUGCCUUUGAGCGGCAGCUCGCCACCAUGUCGUCUGAAGAUAAGGCGGGCGACGGGCGCGCUGUCUUCCCUUCCCAGGCGGCUGCGUGGGUCCUUCUCCGCGCCCGACUGGGGAUUGCCGAACCAACAGAAAUCAGGCUCCGCAUGCCAUCGCUGGCGUCAGUGAUGGGACAAGUCGUCAAACUCGGUGGAGAAAAAGACGCUCCGGAAGUACAGGCAAGUGCGCGAGCACUCUUUUCCAACGACGCGAUCGCAACGCUUCCCAGCACCGCGAGAAGCCUCGAGGGUCGCCUUGCCUUCCUCCGCGGGGACGGCAACCUGACACACAUCGCCAACAUGUGGGAGACUUUCACCGGCAUGCUCGACCGCAAGGAGAAGCAUGGGCUCACGGCCGACGGGGGAAGCGCGGCGCUCGGCGCCUUCAUCUGGGCUUGCUCGCCGUGGCGGAAUGAACUUAAGCAGGAUCGCGCAGCUCUCCUGCCGAUCCUGGAGGCAGCUCGUGCGCGUGUCCCCGAGCCUACCCCGUUGCCCGUGUUCCACGCGAUGCUCCGCGCUUCCCGACCAGCCGACCCUGACGAGAUCGACCCCGACGAGGUCAACCCGCGUGCAGCGGACCGCGAUUUCGUCCUCGCUAGCGCGAAGGCGACGUGGGACAAAGUGGUCCGUAUGGAGGGCGUCAUUCCAGACGUACAGGCGUACUCGGUAUAUCUUCGCCUGUUGGGGUAUCACGGCGAGUCAGGAGAUAUGUUCAAGAUCUGGGACGAUCUCGUCCGCAACGAGGAAACUCGCAAGUUGUGGCUCGAGGAGCUCGAGGCGGAACAGGGGAGGAGCCCGUCCGAAGCAGAGCGCAUGGUGUGGCCUCCAACACUCGUGUUCAAUCAAGUACUUUCGUCCGCGUUCAUGAUUGGUGGCCGACCAGCUGAGAUGGGGAUGCGGCUCUUCGAGGCAGCGGUGAACCCUUCGACAUCGCUCGUCGCUGAUGUGGUGACCAUCAACACGGUGUUGCGAUGGGCAGCCCACCUCGCCAAUAUUCAAAUGAUCAACGAGGUUAUCGCUACGGCUGGCAAACUUAAGAUCAAGCCAGACAUUGUGACUUACACGACCAUGGUGCACGGCCUGCUGCGAGCAGAACGGUCAGACCUUGCCCGCGCGACGCUUGACGCCAUGCGGUCCCGCGGCAUAGAGCCAAACGACGUGAUGGCGUCGAUGCUCGUAGCUGACCUGGCGUCGGACGGCACGGCCGAAGGUUUGCGUCGCGCCGAGUACGUGAUCCGUGACAUGCGUGCCCGAGGAUUGAAGACGACGCUACCGAUGUGGACGGCGCUCGUCGGUGGAUACUUUUGCGGCGGGUGGGACUUGGACGGCUGGGACGCGAUCAAACGGAUGAAGGCGAGCGGGCACCGAUUGAACGACAAGGCGUUCAACAUCAUUCUCAAGCAGUUGACGCGUGGGCCCAAGAGCGGCGCUCCUGAAGCCAACAAUCGCGUGCUCUUUGGCAUGGGUGAUGCAGAAGGCGGUGGCUCAACAGCCAUUCGCGUCUUCCGCCAGAUGGUGCGCGAGGGAGGAGCACCCAAUGCCGACACGUACAGCAUCAUUCUAGACCCCUUGGUCAAGGCCAAGCGCGUGAGUGAGGUCAAGGAGGUGCUGGGGGAGAUGGAGCGCCGCGCGUUCCAGACACAACGACCUUCUCUCAAACGCAUGAUCGACCGCGCGCGCAAGCUGGUCGGUUCCCGUCAACGAUAGAAUAGUACUAGACACACAUCUCUGCAUCACAACCCUGCCACUAUCUUUUACUAUGCAUAUGCCGGAGUGUUACACUGUGCGCGCUA